UAAAAUUAAGAGUAGGGUUAUAAAAUUUUUAAAUUUUUAUUUUGUUUAUUGUUUACAAAUAUAUUUAAAAUAUAAAAUAUCUAUUCUCUUUUAACAGUCUCAUAAAAUGUUUAAAUAUUUCUUUGUUGUUUUCUGCUUGUCAUUAUUUAUUAGACAAGGCCUAGCCCUUUGGUGUUAUGAAUGUGUAUCGACACAACCUGGGUGUGGAACCCAAUUCAACUGGUUGUUUCACUGGACCAAAAUAUGCCCAGAAACCGAUGAUGUUUGUGUUAAAAUUAUUGAACAAAGAAGUGAUGAAACAAUAAUAACAAGAUCUUGUUUAAGCUCACUGAGAGCUAUUCGUACUGAUAUCCCAGCCGAUCAUUACGAAGGAUGUAGACCAGCUGCAAAGGAUGUUCAUUUAGCCAACUAUGUUAAUAACUCGAUUAAGGAGUUGGAUAUAUACAGAAAUUAUUACGAUAAAACGACAUGGUGCUUUUGCUUCUUGGAUAACUGGUGUAAUAGUUCUCCUAGUUCAAAUGCACAUGUUUACCUUAUUAUUGGUACUUCUUUAAUAUCAUUGGUGUAUAUGUUUUGAAGGUAGGAAAUUAUCAUAACUCUACCAUUUUAACUUGAAUUCCGUCCCAAAAAUGAUCAAAUUUUUGUCCAUAAGUGUCUAAAUAUUUUAAAAUUAUUGAUUGAUAUUUUGAUAAGUGUGUCUUAAAGAUAUUAUUCAUAAGUGUCUUAUUGAGAAGUGAUUUAUGCAAAUAAUAUAGGUAAAUUUAAAUGUUUUACAUAAAAAUUGACUGGAUUACAAUACAAAUCGUCUUUUGUAUUGUUAAUUAUAUGUUGUAAUGUUUAUAUAUUAUGUAGGCUUAGUGAAAGGAGCAUUUGUAUAGUAAAUAAGGACAUUUUUAAUAUUCACAUCUAUUAGAACAUUUCAAAGAAGAAAUGUCAUUGUGAAAAGAACAUAUUGAAUCUCUUUCUUAGAAUAUUUAUGAUGUAGACAAUUAUUCUAUCCGUCCAAAACAUUGUUUUUUUUGUAUUUUAAAGAUUUUUUAUAUUAUAUUCACUUUAGAGCAAUAAUUAUACAUAGUUUUACACUAAAUUGUUAGUUUUUAAGAAAAACAAUAAAUUUAUCUCUGAAAUAUA